AUGGAAAUACCGGAAGAUGAUAGCGACUUAUUGGGAAAGACUGCCAUUGAAAUUGAAUCUGACCUGAAAAACCGUGAUGUGAUUAUGCAACAUGGCCUUGUUGAGGAACUCACUGGACCAAGGUUAUUCGGUGUUUCCAAACCAGUCGAGGAAAUUAUAUCCAGCUCAACACCCUGGACAAGAAUUCGGCAGUUAUUCAAUUCGGAUCCCACGUUGAGCGACACGGACCUAAGCAAAACUGGUUCCAGAGCCAUCCGACUGCCCCUGGCCAUUGGCUGUAUCGUGGGAGUUGGUGUAGGAUUCGCCCGCUUGCUAACCGCUUACGACGAAUUUGUUCGGGCAAAUCGGCUCACUGCAUGGAGAACACGUGAGAUAGCAAAGCGUCGGGCCGCGGACUAUUCAUCUCUCAAAGCCAUAACUUUCGGACUGUCCACCGGGUUGAAAGCCACCUUCUUAGCCGCCGGUUGCUAUUCCUUCCCCCUACUACUGACAGCCUGGCAAGGAAAGACGAGUUGGUGGGAAAAUGCUGCUGGAUGGGGAUCGGCUUGCGCGAUUUACUGCAUGGGUCGUGGCCGAAGACAAAUGCUUGUGGCCGGCUUGAUCGCUGCAGUUCCAGGAUUAAUCUACGGGUCAGUGAACUGCGUCGCGGCGAGACAGCUGGGACUGACAUUCGAAGAUAUGUACCGUGAGCACGUAACUGUGAUGACUCGAAACCAGUUUGUUGAACCCUAG